AUGACUCUUUACUCGGUGCAGUUCAACGGUACUUUAAUGGGGCACUACGAGGAAUUCCCUCUACUGAUGCCGAGAUGGGGUUACGUUGCAUCAGCCUUCGUGUUGUUCCUGAUAGGAUUUUUCGGGUUUUUCCUCAACCUCAUGGUCAUCUUAAUUAUGUUCAAGGAUCGUCAGCUUUGGACGCCGUUGAAUAUAAUACUUUUUAAUUUAGUCUGUUCGGACUUCUCUGUAUCAUUUUUGGGAAAUCCUUUCACUCUUAUUUCUGCUCUGUUCCAUCGUUGGAUAUUCGGACAUUCUAUGUGCGUGCUUUACGGAUUUUUUAUGGCAUUACUAGGGAUAACUUCGAUCACAACUCUGACGGUGAUAUCUUUCGAAAGGUACAUGAUGGUAACACGACCAUUUAGCUCAAGGCAUCUCACUUCAAAUGGUGCCAUAAUGUUAGUUGUUUUCAUAUGGGCUUAUUCCUUAGCUCUGACCACUCCACCACUUUUUGGUUGGGGUAAUUACGUGAAUGAGGCGGCAAAUAUAAGGACAAUUGAGGAGUUGUGGUACGGCUCUUUUCGCGCGCCGGAAGAUAGAUCCACGUGUCGGCCGCGCCCCUACGCCGUACAUCAGCAUUCCCCACUUUCCCGCCAAAUCCUCACCCUGAAACCUCCCCUGCUAAACGGCGAUACGACGAGAUCAUCGGUGUCGUGUUGUUCGGUUAAUUGGCACGAACAGUCGUUGAACACACUUACGUACAUACUGUUCCUGUUCGCGAUGGGGCAGAUCUUGCCGUUCGCUGUUAUUACAUUCAGUUACGUAAACAUCAUUCGUACACUAAAGAAGGUUUCUCCCGGUGCUAGUGUUAUACCUGCAUUAGUGGCGAAAAGCUCCAUUUGCUAUAACCCUCUUAUUUACGUGGGAAUGAACACUCAGUUUCGCCAGUCUAUCAAGCGAAUCUUCGGUAUACAUGACAGAGUAACAAGUUCUCAAACGGAAAAGGGAUGUAAUAACUCUGUUUUAUCUCCAUGUCAUAAAUUGUCAGCCCUUAAUGAUAAUACAGUUCAAUAUAGCACUUCGGCUGUCUGUCCACUGAAGCUGAGCGAGCGAGGAAACGGAAGCGAACCGGCUACGGGGGAAUGGGAUGGUAUGCCGCUGAAGCUCGACCAG